AUGCCCCCGAGGAAAACGUCGCGACCACCGCCCUAUGCCGCCCGCAACCAGAGCGGAGGAAUUGCGAUUCCGCCUGCGCUCAAGAAUCUCCUUCGCAGCAGAGCAGGACGAUUGAUAGUCGGCGGUGUACUGGGCUUCUUUGUCCUGAUAUGGAUGCUGAGUGGUAGUGGAGGAACCAGCAGGAGGACAGCCUCUAAAGUUGGGGGUUGGACAGCCGCGAAUAUACCCAAGCCGGCGAUAGGGAGCGGACCGCCUGUGGUGGUUAUCACAACAAUAGAUCCGAAGGCGGAUCCCGUCUGGACUCAAAAGAUCAAGAGCAACAGGGAAGAAUACGCCAAGAAACAUGGUAUGCCUGAACUCUCUCUUCCCACCCAUUGCGAUAUCAGAGCAAAGGGCCAUACUAACCCCAUCCCAGGCUACCUCACCUUCUUCCCCACCGCAGACCAAUACCCCAUCGGCAACUCACCCGCGACCUGGUCGCGCGUCCCCGGCACCCGCCACGCCAUGACGCUCUACCCAACCUCAACAUUCUUCUGGUACCUCGACGCCACGGCGCUCAUCAUGAACACCGCACUCCCCAUUCACACCCACCUCCUCACGCCCGCCAAACUCGAAACCCACAUGAUCACCAAUGCGCCCGUCGUACCGCCCGACAGCGUCAUCAAAACCUUCAGCAACCUCAAGGGCGACAGAAUAGAUUUCGUCGUUACACAGGACAAGGACGGAUUGGCACCGAGCAGUUUCGUGGUCAGGAACGGGGAGUGGGCCAAGUUCUUCCUGGAUGCUUGGUUCGAUCCGAUAUACAGGAGUUAUAACUUUCAGAAGGCGGAGAGUCAUGCUUUGGAGCAUAUUGUUCAAUGGCACGGCACCAUCCUCGCCAAACUAGCCAUGGUCCCGCAGAACCUCCUCAACGCCUACGCAACCGGCCCCGCAAGUCCCAAAGACGGACAGUUCACAGAAGGCGAUCUCGUCGCCAACUUCCCCGGCUGCGAUAAAGACGGACGGGACUGCGCGAAGGAACAGGAACAGUUCUGGGCUAUACUCGAACAGGGCAAGAACUAG